AUGUCUACGACUAGAUCAGCCUUCGAGCAAGCAGUUUCAACAAUGGUAUCUACAGAUAUUCUGGAUCCAGGUAAUGGCGACACGCUGACUGCGACCUUCUAUGGACACUUCGAUGGAAAGAAUACUCCCCGCUUUUCUGCCCGGCAACAUGCAGACUUAGUGCCGCAUGGGAAAGGCUGA